CUCUCUCCGUCCGAGAAUUGCAGUUACUCUCUCUCUCUCUCUCUUUGUGAGAUCAGUGGCGUGUCUGUAGUUGUUGAAAGCAGGGUUGAGGUGAAGUGGAAGGGAAGACCUGGAAUUGAAACUGAGAGUUCCUCUUCGUAGAUCUCAUUGAAACUGAGAGUUCCACUGUUUGAUUCUGCCGCAAACUUUUAUUUUUUUAACAUUCAUUGAAGGUAUCCAAGGACUGAACGCAACACGCAAAAACCGUCGCUUUAAAUGGAUAUUGAUUCUGAUACCGUUAAUAAGAACUCGAAAACCCCCGAGGAAGCUGCGUCAACUAUGCAAAUGGAUUCCGGGGGAUCAUCCAGCACUGCAAAAGACGAUAUUUCCAAGUCAAUGGAGAAUUUGGGCAUCGGGAAUUCAUCAUGCAGUUUCAAAAGAAAGCCAGUUAUUAUUAUAGUGGUUGGAAUGGCAGGGAGUGGAAAAACAACAUUCUUAAAUCGUCUGGUGUGUCAUACCCAAGCUUCGAAUAUCAGGGGCUAUGUAAUGAACCUCGACCCUGCUGUUCUUACCCUCCCGUUUGGUGCCAACAUCGAUAUAAGAGACACUGUAAAAUACAAGGAAGUGAUGAAGCAAUUUAACCUUGGUCCGAAUGGUGGAAUUCUGACGUCACUAAACUUGUUUGCUACGAAGUUUGACGAGGUCAUCUCAGUCAUUGAGAAACGGGCAGAUCAACUUGAUUAUGUUUUUGUUGACACUCCUGGUCAGAUUGAGAUCUUCACCUGGUCUGCUUCUGGAGCAAUAAUAACAGAGGCCUUUGCUUCGACCUUUCCCACCAUAGUUACGUACGUAGUCGAUACGCCCCGUUCUGCCAGUCCGCAAACUUUUAUGAGCAAUAUGCUUUAUGCUUGUAGCAUCCUUUACAAGACGCGAUUGCCUUUGGUGUUGGCAUUCAACAAGACUGAUGUGGCUCAGCACCAAUUUGCUUUAGAGUGGAUGGAAGAUUUUGAGGUAUUUCAUGCGGCGCUAGAUUCAGAUCAGUCAUACUCAUCAACCCUUACUAGAAGCCUCUCUCUUGCACUGGAGGAGUUCUAUAAGAAUCUAAGAUCCGUAGGAGUGUCAGCCGUUUCUGGGGCAGGAAUGGAUGCUUUCUUCAAGGCCAUUGAAGCAAGUGCAGAAGAGUACAUGGACACAUACAAGGCUGAUCUUGACAAGAGAUGGUCAGAGAAGCAGCGUUUGGAGGAAGAGCGGAGACGAGAGAACAUGGAAAAGCUGAGGAAAGAUAUGGAGAAGUCGAGGGGGGAGACUGUGGUCUUGAGCACCGGUUUGAAGGACAGAGAAACCAGUAGCAAGGCCAUGAUGGAGGAAGAUGGCGAAGUGGAAGACGAAGAAGACGAUGAUGAGAGGUUGACAGAGGAAGAAGAUUAUGGUAUAGAUGAGGAUGAGGAUGAAGAUGAAGAGGUUGCCAGUUUUCGAUUUUGACCUUUUAUUUUAGGAUUAAAUGAAUCAAAACUAUGUAGGACUUCAGUUCAGUUCCAGAAGCGUUGAGUUUUAUCGCAGGACUCGCAAGCAAGUCACUGUCAGUUCAGUAAAUCGUAUAACUAAAUCUGUAUUCCGGGGGGGUAUUAUAGGUUGGCUUUGGAUCAUGUUAGGGAAAGGAAAUUUUCCUGGAUGUCUGGUUUGGAUGCCUUUAUGAACAACUUUUUUUUUUGACAAGACUGUGAAAGCUGCAAAUGCUGGUAGUUAAAAUGCUCUUUAAGAACCUCUUCACCACAAUAAGGAAUAACUUAUGCUUUGCUAUUUUGUGACAACGAA